GAGAACUAAUUAUUUCUUCUAACAAUUUUUUUUCAAAGCCGCCAAACAUGGAACAUUUCAUGAAACUCUUUGAUUCUCUCUGGUUUGAGGUUAACAUUUUGAACAUAAACACAACUUCAUUGAUAUCAUCAACAAGUUCUGAAGAAAAUCUUAAAGAUUGUCGGAAAAAUGAAACAUCAUGUGUAGAAGAAGAACCAAAACUCACGCGGAUCCGAACUGUUCAUAACAGAUCCAUGAGUGACCAAUCAAUAGCAAGUUUCAACCAUGAUUCUCUUUCACCAGACUCUGUUCUCAUUCCUUCAAAGCUUCAAACCAUUCUAUCAGGAAAAGAAGUAACAGACUCAGAAGAUGAAAACCUAGUACAAGCACAAACGUUGUUGUUGUUGUCUAAAAAGAACAACAUGAACAAGGUUGUUACGAAGAAGAAAAGGGAAAGUAAGAGUUUAUCGGACCUUGAAUUUGAGGAGCUAAAAGGGUUCAUGGAUCUGGGGUUUGUUUUCUCAGAAGAAGAUAAAGAUUCAAACUUGGUUUCGAUUAUUCCUGGGUUACAAAGAUUUGGGAAGAAAGAUGAGGAACAAGAAGAUGAUGAUGUUUGUGAUGAGUCUGUGAUUCAGAGACCUUAUCUUUCUGAAGCUUGGGAGGUUCAUGAGAGGAGAAAAGAGAAGCCUUUGAUGAAAUGGAAAGUUCCUGAUUUGAAGAAUGAAAUUGAUAUGAAGAAUAGUUUGAGAUUGUGGGCACACACUGUUGCUUCUACUGUUAGAUGAGAAUUGAGAUGAUGCUGUUCAUAGUUCAUAAAUUUUUUUUCUUUGUUAAAUAUUCUUUUUGCUAAAUAAUAUCUUUGGAAUUGUUUGGUUUAUAGUUUUAGGAUAAUGCAACAUUUUUCUGUGGUUAUUUCUUGUCAAUUUUUUUCUGGAAUUUGGGAUUCCAGUGGAAUUUGUAAUUUUGACAGAAUGGAAUGAAAUUUAAUUUGGCAAUUGAGAUCUAUUUGCUCAAUCUACAAGUUUUGGAGAAUCUAUGUUGUGGUAGAUUGAAGAUGGCAUGU